AUCACUCCCAACCAAACGAGCUGUUAAAAUAAGCAUCCUUCCACUCCACUCCGGGUGUGCUUGGAGCUCCUGCAACUUCGAGCGACGCGACUGGGGCUGCGUCUCCCUUUAAUCCCUUCCUACCAGGCUACCACUCCUUUUAAUUGGUACUGCCAUGGAGGCAAACACGGCCAGCCUCUCCAUCACCGUCGAGAAGAACCUGCCGGAGGCGCGCUUGCUUCAGCUCGGCAUCAAAUCCUGGCCCAAAUGGGGCUGCCCGCCGGGGAGGUUUCCUCUCAAGUUCGACGCUAGGCUGACGUGCUACCUCCUCAAGGGCAAGGUGAAGGCCUCCGUCAAGGGCUCCGAAUGCGUCGAGUUCGGCGCCGGCGACCUCGUCGUCUUCCCCAAGGGCCUCAGCUGUACCUGGGACGUCAUCAUCGCCGUCGACAAGCACUACAACUUCGAGGCCUCCCCAAAUUAACAACACGCCGCGCUUUCUCUUGAGCUUGUCACAGGCUCACAGCUUAAAUUUCCUCUCUCUCUUGGUUAAUUUAUCAACGCCUUAAGUUCUUCUCGACGUUAUCGAUAUGGCGUCGGUGACUAGUGAGUAGUGACUACGAUCUCCUGUAAAAACGCCUUAAGGCUGAUUUAGCUAGCCGGUUUUCAGAAGUUGCGACUCAAAAGAGGUCUCACAGGCUUCCUAGCUACCGGGGCAAUUCACACUCCAGGCGUGUAGUAAACCAGUACUGGAGUACAUUUCCAAGUGCAGUUGUGCAAAGAUGUCAAUUCUUUCUCCGACGGCCAGAACAGAACAGGAAUGCCGUUGCAGCAAAAUCAAUGGGAGAUGGACCAAAAGCUUGUCCUCGCUAUCUCGAGUCGUGACACCUGUGUGUAGUGCCUUUGAGCCUAAUUGUAGUGACUGUCUUUUUCACUCACUGAUGGCUUUUAGUAUUGCGCUUCU